AUGUCAGAAGAAUACGGAUCCUCACGGGGGUUCACCGUGACCCAUCAGCGGAAUGUGCUCGACAUCGACUUUUCAGGUAUAAUUACAGCCUCUGCCUUCCUGACCAUCCAACCUACCAACCCAUCCCUACGAGCAAUCUAUCUCAAUGCUUCCCCUUUACUGCAAAUCAACAAUGUCACUUUAUCAUCACCUACACCCGUCGAAGCAUUCUUACCUACUCCGGCAUCGUUCACACUGUCCAACCCAUUCCAACCUCUACCUACGAGAGAACCACCGAUAGACAUCAAGUCUCAUCCGGAGAUCAAGAGAAAAACAUGGUCAGCGAUGGGUGAAAGCGAUGAAGGUGAAUUAGCAAUUUCAGUUUCAGGUGGAUGGGUGAGAUUGAUACAUACCGAAUUGCCAUCUGGGAAUGGCCAGACUCAAGUUUCAUUCGCUCCGAUACAUGUUCAAAUCAAUUAUCAACUGGUCUUAGGAGGUGAUGUUGUCGAAGGUAUCGUGUUUAACCGACCGGGAGAUGGUGGCAAUGAUACUCAAAUCCCUCAUAUGUUCCUGUCACCCACCACAUACGAUGCCGCCAGGAUAUGGACGCCAUGUGUGGACAGUCUAUGGGAGAGGUGUACAUGGGAGUUAGAAUUCAUCGUACCUCGAUACCUAGAAGGUGGAGAACCUGGUACCGACGAAGAAGCAUACCCCGUGAUGGUAGUCAGCAGCGGAGAGCUGAUGGAACAGGUAUCCCACCCUCACGACCCUAACAAGGUGAUAUUUUACUAUCUGCAAACCAAUCCUACUUCCGUCCAGCACAUCUCCUUCGCCGCCGGUCCUUUCGAGAUGCAUUGUUGUUCAGCGGACGAAUCACACAAGCCCAUAUUGGCUUUCUGCCUUCCUGGCGAAUCGGACAAACUGAAACAUUCCACAUCAUGGCUACCAAGAGCAAUGACUUUCUACGCAGAAAUGGGUUCUUAUCCAUUCACAGACUUCAAGGCAGUCUUCGUCGACAAUCCAAGAAGCAAUUGCUCCACAUCCGCUACCCUCGCCAUCCUUUCUUCCGACUUACUACACCCACCUCAAGUGAUCGAACAAGCCAUGGAAAUUAGACAGGUCUUAUCAUUGGCAUUGAUACAGCAAUGGGUCGGUGUGAACAUCAUUCAACGGACUCUGGCAGAUACAUGGCUUAUCAAUGGAUUAGCACUCUACAUUCAAGCUCAGUUCAUCAGGCAUUUGUUAGGAAACAACGAAUAUAGAUUUAGGUUGAAGAAGGAUAUCGACCGUUGUGUUCAGCAAGAUCAAGGUUCACAAUGGCCUUUAUGCGUCCCUGGAAUCAUCGAUCCUCCAGAUGCGAAUGCGACCGCAUUCAUCAAUCUUAAAGCUCCAUUGGUACUUCACAUCCUCGAUCGGUAUAUUGCAAAAACGGGAACUUCGUUAGGUCUAUCACAAGUCAUACCGAGAAUAUUCGUUGCGUCUCUGUCCGAUGAGUUACAAGGGAACUCAUUGACGACUCAAUACUUCUUUCGACAGUGUAGGAAGGUAUCUGGAUUAGACUUGCAAACUUUCCAAGAUCAGUGGAUUUUUGGAAGUGGAUGUCCAAGGUUGUCCAUCAAGACAAAUUUCAUCAAGAAGAAAUUGCUGGUGGAAUUUACUGUAACCCAAAGUCAACCUGCUAAUGAUUAUAUCAAUAGAUUGAGUGAGAAGGUCAGGAAAACAGCAGUUUGGAAAAGACCGACACAUUUCUUCGAGGGGAGUUUAACGGUUCGGAUUCACGAAGCUGAUGGAGCGCCUUUUGAGCAUUUGAUCGAUAUCAAAACCCCGACCAAGACAUUCCCCUUACCAUUCAAUACCAAGUAUAAGCGUACUAGGCGUUCAGGUCAGAUCGCGGCGCGUUUUAGUCAGAUGCAAGAUGCCUUGGCGGCCGGAGAAACCAAUGACGAAGAGGAUGAAGCUAGAUUGCAGGCUGCCGAUCGAGCUGGAGUAUUCGCCUAUCCACCGUGGGAAGAUGAGGAAGAACGUCGAAGGUGGAGAGUAGCUGAGUGGGGGGAGAACGAUGCUGAUCAGAUGUUAGGUGAGGGUGGGGGGUAUGAAUGGAUUAGGAUAGAUCCCGAAUGUGAAUGGUUAGCGUCGAUCGAAUAUAAUGAGAAACCUUGGUGUUGGAUCAGUCAACUUCAAGGUGAUAGAGAUGUGAUUGCUCAACUGGAGGCUAUCAACCGAAUGCGAGCUUUCCCAUCACCGGUGAUAGCGAGUGAAUUGGCGAGAACGGUGCUGGUCAAGAAUUACUAUUACAGAGUGAGGAUGGAAGCUGCACGAGCACUAGCACAGUACAACAUAGCCGAGUGCGAUUAUAUAGGUUACUUCCUGGUCCUCAAGCUUUUUCAGACCCUAUUUUGUCAUUCGCCAAGCGAUCCGGAUGCAGAAGCUUCAGCCAUAGAAUGCAGACCCCUUCCAAAUAACUUCUCUAUUUUCUCAGAUUACUUCGUGAAAAAGAGCUUGAUAGCUGCCAUGCCGGAUCUUCGAGAUAUGCGAACUCGGACUGUUUGGAGAAAUGUCAGGCAGAUCUUGCUCGAUUUGUUAAGGUUGAACGAUAAUACCGGGAAUGAUUGGUCCGAUUCAUACUAUCUCGCUUCAAUCAUCACAGCUAUAGGGAAUGCCUUUACUUUUGGAUCUGUAGCUCAAUCGUCACUGGAUGAAGAUGAACGAGAAGCGGAAGCCUCGUUGCUCAAAGAGUCCGUGGAUGCCUUGGACAGGGCUAUGACAAUGGAUCGAUUGGUACCUAGCUAUCAUAAUGUAAUAACAAAAGCGGGUUUACAGACGCAUAUCAAAUCUAUACUAGCUGGACAAAUCACCAACGAUGCUCGACUCUUACUCAGUUAUACUCGUGAGGGUAAUUUUGAGCCCAUUCGAACGGUUGCCUUCGACGGGCUCUUACUUUGCAAGCCUCCUGGCAAAUCGUCGGCUCUCGAUAGAUACCUUGACGAGGUGAUACGCUUUGAUUCAUCACUCACCAUCCGCCGACAUGUCGCACGAGGUCUGUCAGAAUCGAUUCUUAUGACUCUCGCUAUUGGAGAGAUCCAGGUCUCUCAGCCUGGAGUGCUAGAAGAUGAGAAUGAGGAGGCUAGAGAAAAGAGGAGUGAAGCUCAAAACAACGCUAUCGUAAAAGCUGUCAGGAAAGAGUUUUCAAAGAAGGACAAUGUCAAGGUCCUUGUUCAAGGUUUACUUAUCUCAAGUUUCAUAUCACCAGAUCAUGAGGUCUUGAUGGCUUUGCUUAAAGUGGCGGAGGUAAUCUCUUCGAGUAGUGCGGAACCCCUUCCUGGAAAUAUCAUCACACUUCAGACACCCACCAUUGAGACCGCCCCAGCAUUACCUACACCUAAAAUCAGGUUGAGUAUGGGAAGUUCGGAGAUCAGACCCGAUGCACAAGGGUACGGAUUCCCCAUAGUCGAUGGUCAAAUGACACCGGGAGGCACAAGUAUCCCAUUGAAGAUCACAUUGAACCCCAACGCGCAAUCGUCGCAGAAGAAGAAAGAUAAAGUCCCUAAACAGCAGAGGAGAGGAUUGAGUGAUAAUGACUUCAAGGCGAUAACGAUUGCUUUGCAAAGACUUAUCGCCCAUAAAACCAGUUUCUGGUUCAGACAACCUGUUGAUCCUGUGCGAGAUGGUGCUCAUGACUACGCUGCUAUCAUUAAGAAUCCCAUGGAUUUACAAACUAUUUCCGCUAAACUCGAUAAUGGAAUGUAUGCGAACCGUCAAGAAUUCGUGACCGAUGUCAAACUCAUCAUUACCAAUUGUUUCACUUACAACGUAUCUCCUGCUAGUCCUGUUAGAAAAGCGGGAGAGGCAUUUGAGAGGAUGUUCAAUGCACUCUGGUCGAAGACGGAACAUACGCUCAGCUCAAGUGCUGCAGCCGCACAACAGGCUGCUAUGGCACCCAAAGCGCCUUUGAUCAUCCCUCCUGCACCAGUCGCUGCAGCUCAACCGACACCUGAGGCCACUUUACCCGCUCCCAAAUCUACAGCAGUGAAAUUCAAGGUCAAAGCACCAAAGACUGUCAGUAUCGAUACGUCAGUCACUGAACAUGUCCCACCAAUGGCACCUCCGCCACUUCCAUCGUCAAAGAAAUCAGCUUUGUCUGCUACUACGAAGAGCCCCGAUCGACCACCGGUGCCGACUUUCCCCUCGACUGAAGCAAAACCUUCGAAGAAGAGGAAAGAACCUUCCAGAUCGAGGAACGAGCUGGAUGAUAUCCUCGGUGCAGAAGUCGAUGAGAUUGAAAAACGACGACCGUCACUCAACGAUGGAUUGGACGAGUUGCUGGUGCCGAAAUCAGAACGUGAUUCGCCUAAACCACCUGCAGCCAAGAAGAUCAAGAUACCAGCGUUUCAACCUAGAAACAAAUCUCCCGAGAAGGAAAGGACCAGUAGUCUCUCGGUGGAACCUAAACCAAGCAUUACUAGUAAAAUCAAAUUGUCGACAUCAACACCACCUCUACCGUCAACUUCUCAAAUACCUUCCACCUCUUCAGCUUCAGCUGAGAAUAAAUCAACUAGCAAGAAAGCUAAACCCAAGCCUUUAUCUGUAACGAUACCUCCUGGAGGAAAGAAGGCUAGUUCGAUCGAAAGAUCAACGACCGCCAGUGCUUCACCUGCUCCGCCACCCAAAGCUCAAUUACCGCCGCCUGCUCAACCUGAUGUGGCAGCUACUGCUGUUGCACAGGUGAAGAGGGAGCCUCCUCCUAAUCUACCUCCCACGGCGCAAAAUACGACUCCGAUGAAGAGCAAGAGGGCCAAGCACCUGAUGAAUAUUCUGAUGAAAGAAUUUGCCGCGGUGUUUUUCUUGAAACCCGUUGAUCCGAUUGCGGACGGCUGUCCAACCUAUUUGGACGAGAUCAAACAUCCCAUGGAUUUCAGUACGAUCGUCAAGAAGAUCGAUAAGAAGCAGUACAAGAACUUGGGUCAAUUUGCUAGAGAUAUCGAAUUGGUAUUUGCAAAUUGUCGUCAAUUUAAUCCACCUGGUGAGAUCACUCAGUGUGCAGAUACGAUCGAGGACUUGUAUUGGAAAGAAUGGCCCAAAGUGGCGUCUGCCAAGAUGACUCCGGAUGAAAGGAAAGCGAUGGGCCAGUUGAUCAAUCAGGCGAUCAAGAAUCCACAUAGUGAAUGGUUCAGGUAUGCUGUCGAUCCCGUAGCUUUGGGUAUCCCACAAUAUUUCGAAAUUAUCCCACCAGAUGAUGCUAGAGAUCUAUCAUUGAUCAAAAACAAAUUCGACAAAGGACAAUAUCGAGAAGCGAAACAUAUAGACGAAGAUGUAGAGUUGAUGUUGGAGAAUGCCAGGGUGUUCAACGAUGGUGGUCCCGUAGUGGACGCUGCGAAUGCCUUGGGUAAAUGGUGGGCUCAACAGAGAGCUAAGAUGGAUUAG